CAUGAGAAGAUUGUAUGUCAUGAUGUUAAAGCUUUGUGAAAGUCCACCGUGAUGCAAUAUGGCUCAACUUCCUGUCUUCUCCAGAGAAACAUCACUUCUGUUUGAAAAUAAUACUUCGCUGUUGUGUUGGAUAUAUGCCAUCUGACAAAAAGACACAGGGUGGAUCAUUUCAUUUUAAAUGAAGGGAAAUUUGAAUUGUAAUGAUGUACGUGACAAAGCCUGCCGUGUGUUGGAUCUUUAUCCUGUCCUGCUGGCGAGUAACUGAAGAAACCAUGCAGAUGAAAAAAGGUGACACUUCAAUCUCUACGACGAACAGAACCGGAGUGGCACUAACAGGAGAAACUUUAUACAUCAGCCUGUACGUGAAAAUCCCUGCAAACUCCACCAACCAAAUUAAAUGCCAGCAUGAUGUGUUGGGGAGUGUUUGGGAAAAAAGGAUUGAAAGUAAAAAUGUUCAAAGUAAUAAGCAGGUGGUGGUAAUCAAAAUGCACAACACAUCUUUUUCUGGAGAUUACUCUUGCAGUUAUAUGAGUCAGGCGGUACAUUGGGUGAUUCUUGUAAGGGAUAAAGGUUAUGAGGAGCCAGAUGAUGUGUUAGAAAUUGAUGUCAUCAUACAGAUGAUUUUCUCAGGAGCUGUACUGAUCUUCAAUGUGGUUGGGUCACUUUACAUAUUAAAAAGAUACAAGGAACAACCUUCUUCCAAAGACAAGAAAAAUAAAGCACUGGAGGAGAGACCAACAAAUAGUGAAGAUGCAGCAAUGGAUGAAGAUGAUGCAUCCGCAUCACUUUACACUGAUCUACAACCCAGACCAGGCUCCAUAUAUGACAUGCUAAGUCCAGAAGUGAUGACACAUGCAGAAGACACGAAGAAUUGUAAACUAAAGAACUCUAAAGCUCAAGAAGAAGAAGUAUUUGAUUCUGUCUAUGAAAAUCUGUGAAUUUGUUUGUACAUUUUCAUUAAUGUUUUUAAAUAUGUAUAUUUUGUAAUGAAUUGUUUUGGUAAGUGUAUUAACUUCUUAAAAAACAGGUAACACGUUUUACUUAAGUUCAAAUAUUAUGUAUGACAAAAAAUAAAAUAACAGAGGAACAUUAAAACAAAAAAAUAUUAAAAAGAUCAAUGCUGUAUCAAUGUGUCGGUGUUUUCACCAAACUACAAUAUUUAAAAUUUUUAA